AAAGCUCAAUGUGGGAGAAAACAAAGACCGUGUUUCUGUGGUCCAAUUCAGCAGAGAGGCUGAAGUCCAUUUCGAUCUAAACACGUACAAUACAAAAGAGGAUAUUGUGGAUGCGAUCAGAGGGCUUAGGCACAGAGGAGGAAGACCCCUAAACACCGGGGCAGCCCUCCAAUACGUCAGGGACAAUGUCUUAACAACCUCCUCGGGGAGUAGACAGCGGCAAGGUGUCAAACAAAUGUUGAUCCUGCUAACUGGGGGAAGGUCUUUUGACAAUGUUGACGACCCAGCCUCUGCUCUCAAACAGCAGGGCGUCUUUGUGAUUGGUAUUGGAACAAGGAACUCUGACAGUAGAGAGCUGCAGAAGUUAUCAUAUGAGCCUACUUAUGCGCUAUCAGUCUCUGAAUUCACCGACCUCCCUAGUGUCCAAGCACAACUCUCCUCUGUCAUGAGCACAGCGCUGGCAAGGGUUACACCUUUGCCACCUACAGUGACGGUGGUGAGACAGCAGCCAGCAGGAAGGGAUGUGGUGUUCUUGCUGGAUGGAUCUGACGGCACCAGAACUGGCUUCCCAGCAAUGCGAGACUUUGUCCAAAGGGUAGUAGAGACACUCAGUGUAGAUGACAACAAAGACCGUGUCUCAGUGGUUCAGUACAGCAGGGAUCCAGCUGUCCAGUUCUAUUUGAACACGUACACGACAAAAGGCCAGAUCCUUGAUGCCGUCAGGGGUUUGAGGCACAAAGGCGGAAGACCCCUCAAUACGGGAGCAGCGCUCCAGUACUUGAGGGAUAACGUUUUCACUUCCUCUGCCGGAAGCAGGCGGCCGGAAGGAGUUCCACAAGUCCUAGUGUUGCUAAGCGGCGGAAAAUCAUUCGACGUUGUUGACGCGCCAGCCGCUGCCCUCAAACAGAUGGGUGUCUUGAUCUUUGCAAUUGGAAGUAGAGGCUCUGACAGCAGAGAAUUACAGAAAGUGUCCCACGAUCCCAGUUACGCUCUGUCUGUGUCCGAAUUCACUGACCUUCCCAGUGUCCAACAGCAGCUUCAGGCCUCUGUGGAGGCUGUGGUUGUUGACGUCACCCCUGAGUCACCAACUGUACUCGUUGACACUGCCAAAAAGGAUAUUGUAUUCCUCCUCGAUGGUUCUGACGGCACAAGGAAUGGCUUCCCGGCCAUGCGGGAUUUUGUCGAAAAAGUGGUGGAAAAGCUCAAUGUGGGAGAAAACAAAGACCGUGUUUCUGUGGUCCAAUUCAGCAGAGAGGCUGAAGUCCAUUUCGAUCUAAACACGUACAAUACAAAAGAGGAUAUUGUGGAUGCGAUCAGAGGGCUUAGGCACAGAGGAGGAAGACCCCUAAACACCGGGGCAGCCCUCCAAUACGUCAGGGACAAUGUCUUAACAACCUCCUCGGGGAGUAGACAGCGGCAAGGUGUCAAACAAAUGUUGAUCCUGCUAACUGGGGGAAGGUCUUUUGACAAUGUUGACGCCCCAGCCUCUGCUCUCAAACAGCAGGGCGUCUUUGUGAUUGGUAUUGGAACAAGGAACUCUGACAGUAGAGAGCUGCAGAAGUUAUCAUAUGAGCCUACUUAUGCGCUAUCAGUCUCUGAAUUCACCGACCUCCCUAGUGUCCAAGCACAACUCUCCUCUGUCAUGAGCACAGCGCUGGCAAGGGUUACACCUUUGCCACCUACAGUGACGGUGGUGAGACAGCAGCCAGCAGGAAGGGAUGUGGUGUUCUUGCUGGAUGGAUCUGACGGCACCAGAACUGGCUUCCCAGCAAUGCGAGACUUUGUCCAAAGGGUAGUAGAGACACUCAGUGUAGAUGACAACAAAGACCGUGUCUCAGUGGUUCAGUACAGCAGGGAUCCAGCUGUCCAGUUCUAUUUGAACACGUACACGACAAAAGGCCAGAUCCUUGAUGCCGUCAGGGGUUUGAGGCACAAAGGCGGAAGACCCCUCAAUACGGGAGCAGCGCUCCAGUACUUGAGGGAUAACGUUUUCACUUCCUCUGCCGGAAGCAGGCGGCGGAAGGAGUUCCACAAGUCCUAG